AUGCAGAUAUUUUUAACGGCUACAUAUAUCGUGCAGACAAACGAAGGGAUGGCACAUAAACAGACACCAAGGGACUUCUUGAAACUCAUAGUCGGAAGACCAGUGGUAGUUAAGCUUAACUCAGGUGCUGAUUACAGAGGUGUUCUAAUUUCUCUAGACGGUUAUAUGAAUGUGGUAUUGGAACAGACUGAAGAGUACAUUGAUGGUCAGUUGAAAAACAAAUAUGGUGAUACGUUCAUCCGAGGAAACAAUGCACACAAAAGCGUUGGUGAUGAAUACAAUUUGUACAGGCCUUUCUUAUAUGAAAAAACCGCUUGUUUAAUUCGCAAAAUAAAUGUGUUUACUCCUGUAUAUUCCCCGAAACCAUACCAUGAAUUCACAAAACGUAAACAAAGGAAAACAAUGUUUGUUAAUUAA